AUGGCCGCCAACGGUGAGGAUUCGAUGUUGUCGGAGAAUACGCCACUCCUUGCCUCUCAGGACGCCGUAUCGAAUGGUUCGUUCACACGGGUUAAUGGGUGUUCCGCCGUAGACGAGGAGGCUCCGAAGAAAGGCGAUCUCGAUACCUCCCGCGCCGCUCAAUUUCAAGGCCUGCCCGAUGCCCAGAAGAGACUAAAGUAUAUCGUCCCGGCGGUGUCGAUUGGAGUGUUUCUUUCUGCAGCGGACCAGACAAUCAUCGUCGCGAGCUAUGGAAAGAUUGGAAGCGACCUCAAGGCACUCAACCUCACGAGUUGGAUCGCCGCAUCCUAUUUCUUGUCCCUGACUUCCUUUCAACCGCUGUAUGGACGGCUCAGCGACAUUUUCGGUCGCAAAGCAUGCCUACUAUUUGCCUACGCCGUAUUUGGGCUUGGAUGUGUCUUCUGCGGCCUGGCCCGAGAUAUCAAAGAGCUGAUUGCUGCAAGAGUCUUUCAAGGAAUUGGAGGCGGAGGAAUGACCACGGUCGUCAGCAUUCUCUUGAGUGAUAUUGUUCCUCUUCGGGAUCGUGGCAUAUGGCAAGGUGUCAUUAAUAUCAUAUAUGCGACCGGAUCUGGCCUCGGUGCACCCCUAGGAGGGUUCAUGACCGAUUCUAUCGGCUGGCGCUGGGCGUUCCUCGCGCAAGGUCCAUUGUGCCUUGCAGCUUUCGUGACUGUUGCGGUCGUGUUGGAAUUGCCAGCUGUCGACGAAUCGCAUUGGAAAGAGAAGUUAAAACGCAUUGACUUUUUAGGAGCCACUAUCCUCGUCCUUGCUGUCUUCAGUUUUCUAUUAGGAUUGGACCGUGGAACCAACGUCUCGUGGAUGCUUCCAUUGACGAUCGUAUCAUUAGUCGUAUCGGCCGUUCUAUUUGCAGGAUUCGUCUGCGUUGAAAUAUGGGUCGCUCUCGACCCGUUCGCACCUGGUCAUAUCAUCUUCGAACGGAGCAUGCUUGCUUGCUAUUUCGCCAACUUUUUCAGCUUUGGGUCCUGGCUUUCGGCUAUCUUUUACCUUCCCCUAUUUUUCCAAGCGCGGGAUGGUGUUUCUGCCACGGGAGCAGGCCUCAGAUUGCUGCCAUGCAUAAUAGCAGGAGUAAGUGGCUCUUUGGGCGCCGGCAUAUUCAUGAGGAAAACCGGCAAGUAUUACUGGGUAACAAUCUCCGCAUACAUUUUGCUACUUGUUGGUCUGGUAGUGAUCUAUUUGUUCUCUGGUCCGAUCUCUAAUAACAUCUAUCUGAUCGUCAUUGGAAUGGUAAUGUGCGGGUUUGGAAAUGGCAUAGGAGUUACGACAACCCUAAUUGGCUUGAGUUCCGUGAUCGGAGUUUCUCUUGCUUCUGGAAUAGUCCAGCAAACACUUCGUUCUAGCCUCCAGUCAGCUCUCCGCGACAACAAAGAUAUCGAUAGUAUUGUCGACGGCGUCAGACAGAGCCUGGAUUACUUACAAAACCUCGACCCUCGCACUAGGGGCAUUGUGCGAGCGUGCUACGGCCAUGCCACUAAUAUCAGUUUCGGCUUUAUGGCCAUAGUGGGACUCUUCACGGUUUUAAGCGCUGCUUUUAUUCGUGAGCAGAAGCUGAGUGGCUGA